CUAUCGCGCGCGUGCGAAAAUCGUCGCGUGUACAUACGCGUACCAGAUUUUCGCUCCAAAGCCGCGCGAGUCAACCCCAUAACCUCUCUCUCUCUGUGCAUAGCAUCGCCGCCGCUCGCGGCAUAGUGUGUGUUGUUCUCUACGUCCAAAAAAAAGGUUCCACACACAAACAGAGGGAGAAACCUUCAUCUAUCCAGUCAACAGUGUAAAACACAAAUAACGCAUCCAAAAUGGAAAUGAGUCUAGACGAUAUCAUCAAACAGAACAAAGGCAGCCGUGGUCGCGGUCGUGGCAUGAAACGAGGUGGCGCCUCGGCCGGUGGUCGCAAAUUCACCGGCUCUCCCAACAGACGAGGUGGCUCGUCGUCGCGUGGCGGCUCCGGCAGCCGCGGCGGAGCCCGCAAACCGGGCGGCGGUGUGAUUCGCGGCCGCGGCAGAGGCGGCAUCGUGCGCCAGAGAAGCAGCUUCGGGCAGCGCUCGCGCGACAGCGUCAAAGCCGCCUUCCUGGGUGGCAGCGGCUCGCCCUCCAAGAAGUACGGCGGCGCCACGGAGCAGGGAAAACUCUUUGUGUCGAAUCUCGACUUCGGCGUGACCGACUCCGACAUUCUCGAGCUGUUCAGUGAAUUCGGCACCCUGAAGAGCGCCGGUGUCCAUUACGAUAGAUCCGGUCGAUCCCUCGGCACGGCGGAUCUCAUCUACGAGAGGAGAGCGGACGCCAUCAAGGCCAUGAAGCAAUACAACGGUGUACCACUCGACGGACGUGCGAUGAACAUACAGCUGGCCACCUCUCAGAUCCCCAGCACCACUAGUAUACCCAGACGCACGACCACUGCAGGCAGCAAUUUUAGAAGUUCUCGCGGCGGCGGCUCGUCGUUCAAUCGCGACAGACGCGGCGGUGGCGGCGGACGCGCCAACUCCUCUCGUGGCGGUGCCCGAGGAGGUGCGUCCAGAGGUGGCCGCGGUGGACGCGGCGGAGCCAAGAGAGGCGGAAGACAAGACAAGAAGCCGCCCACGGCCGAGGAACUCGACGCCGAGCUCGAGGAAUACGUCAAGAGCAAAGUGUCCAGCACCGAGGGUGCUUAAAGCAAUUUACACAUUAUCCACAUAAAUGCCCUACACAUCAUCACACCCAGCAUGGCUCGACAUUUCUGUAAAUACGUCUAUUUGCCCAUUUAAAAAUUGAACACUUAAAAGACAAAAGCUGUGGGCCAUGCACACAUAAAAACAACUCAGCAACUGUCUUUCAUAGACUAGAAAAAAAAUAAUAAUGAGGGCUUACGAGGAGACCACUCGACUGCUGGGACAUUGAUUUUUCCAACAAAUUUUUAUGGCGACUACGCAUAAAAAGGGCAAACUUAGCUUUUCUUCUAAUCUUAUUGAUGAACCUGGAGAACCAUCUAAAAGUUGUUCUAAUUUCAUGUGCAUUCAUAAAUGCACAUAUGUUCAAUCGGAUAAGUGUAUAUUUAAAUUAGGAGAAAUGUUUAAAAAUCGGUUCAACCCAUGAGAUUAUUAGUAAAAGAAAAAUCAUACUUUUUUUCUGUUUGGUCGUCAAAACAACUUUGAAAUUAUGAAAAUCCGCGCCUCGAAACUCGAGUAGUCUUCUAUAGUUGAUAUAUAUAAAUGAUGAGUAUAUGGGCUUCAUGACGUGCAACCGAAAGAAACCUUUUUUUUGUAAUGUUCAAUAUUACUUAGUAGCUUAAGCUAUAUUGUAUUAGCUUAAUGGAAUUAAAAUAAAAAAACUUUUUUACGUGUGUGCGUAGAUUAAUAAAAAAAAAUUUUCAUUUUUAUCUUUAGCGACAGCGAAGUAUUGUUUAGACAAGAUUUUUAUAAACGAAACCAUUAAAAAAGAAAACGCGUGAAUCGUUUAUCAUCAACAUAUAAAACUCGUUUAAAUCGAAAUUUAGAUGUAAAAAAAAAAACAAAAAUUUUAAAUACACUCUUGUCAUCUUAUGUAGUAACAAUCUUUUGUAAUAUGUUGAGCAUUGUAACAACGUAAUAAUUCAUCCUCAUUUUCAAUAAUAUUUAGUAAUAAAUAUGAAUUAUUGUACAACUUGA